AUGUCCGACGUCACCAUCAUCACCGUGCCCGCCGACGUCGACACUCCGCCCAACGGCAGCCAAAUCGGCACCCCCAAGGAGCGCCAUUCGCUAACCCUCGACCAGCGACGCGCCCUCCGCCGCUGGGCGCACUCGCAGACCACCCGUCCCUCCCACAAGGCCUGCAUCGAGUGGUUCUUCAGCCAGUACGGCCAGAAUGUCAGCCAGUCAACCAUCUCCCACUCGCUCUCGCCCAAGUACGCGCGCCUCGACAACGACAGCCAGUUCAGCGGCUCGCGUCUGCGCUUCGGCAAUUGGCCCGACGUCGAGAAGCUCGUCCUCCUCUGGCACGGCCAGGUAGUUGCCUCGGGUCGCAACCCUUCUAACGAGGAGCUCGCCGAGAAGGCCAAGUCCAUCUUCCAACAACUCCCCCGAUACAAGGACGAGGCCGCCCCCGAGUUCUCUCCCGGAUGGAUUCAUCGCUUCAAGAAGCGGUACGGCUUGCUCAUCAGACGCCAACGUCGACAUGGCAGCGCUCCCAACCCCGCCGAUGACAUCCCCUACCUAGUCGACGCCGUACCUCGCUUCAUGAGUAUCAGUUCUGAGACCAGUCCGGCUGCCAUCCGCGAUGCUGUUCUUCGUGUUGUCGGUGUCGAAGCGAGUCUCGCAACCUGCGCCCGCGUCCGCGACGAUGUUAUCCACCGCAUCGAGAAUCCGAACCCGUCUCCUCACCCGGGUCUUAAUGGCGCACCGGGCGCACCGGGCGCACCCAUGCAUCCUGGCGAGGGUGACGUGUUUGCCGAGAACGAGGAUCCCGAGGUCGUGCUUCAGAACGCCUUGCGCCAGAUGCAGCAGGAGGAAGCUGACGCCGAAGCCGAGGCUGCCGCUGUUCGCGAGCAGCGUGAGCGCCAGGAGCAGGGGCUGCCUCCCAUUAACCCCAGCCUGACGACACCGACGCCCGGACCCUCGCGAACUGUCGCUCGUUUCACCCCUGCUGCCGGUCCCGAGGAUCCUGCACUGACUCUGACGCCCAUCUCCAGUGGUGGUGCCAUGUCUAGCGUCGACCGACCUCUCCGGUGCCCCUUCUGUGUCAACCAGAGAAUGCUUCGCACCAUUAAGGAAGCUGUGGAGCACCUGAGCAGCCACGUUAUCGUCUAA